UUUUCACUGAACGCAGCACCAGAAAGCCAUUUUCGGUAGCUAAGCCUUCCUUUGUGUGAACAGGCUCCAGUAUUACCAAUUCCAAUCUCUGCCAUGUUCCACUUUCUGGUGCCAGGAGUCAAGAAUUCUGCCAACUCGAUUUCCCCAUUUAUUUACCAAUAUAUGUUCAUUUAUUAGAUGAAAAUAGGUUUCAUCAUCAGAAAAACUCUUUAAGCCAUGUCUGAAGUGAAUGGAGCUGGCCUCAGGCCCCUGCACAGCUGGGUGUCCAGGAGCACAGUGCACAGAGAAAACCAGUUGCAGGAAUCACAGUGCGAAUCCCAGAGGUCAGACCGCCAGCAAUCAUAAUUGUGAUACACAAGGAAAUACCUCUUUGUCAGCAACUGACCACAAGUACAUUCAGCUCAGGUAAGAGGGGAUCCUGCUCCUGUUUGAGGAUGAACACUCCAUGGAUUUAAGCCUAGCCCAGCUCCUAUAAGAAUCUCUUUGGAAGAAGAUAGCGGCACCGUCUUCUGUAAUGGAGACCUCGCACUGCAUCAGGCAUGGGACAAACCCUUAUGCCACAGUCAGCAGACUCAUAUUCCUUAUGUAUUUAUUUGGAGGGGUGUUCUUCUGCGCUGGAUUCCUUUUAUCGGUCUAUGUGUUUCAGGCCUGCAAAGUUGGUGUCCAGGACUACUGCACCACCACUUUUAAAGUCUUGGGACCUUCAGUGGCCGUGUUAGGACUGGCAUCUGUUGUAUUGGCAAAAUCUAGAUCAAGGAUGGAAGCCACUAGACGGCCAUUACCGGAUGGAAUAACUGAUCCGGAUCACUUAUUUCUCUUUGGAGAAAGCAGACAGUUUUUUCAAUGUUUAAUAUUUGGAGUUUUGAUGGUGACUUGUGGGGUACUUGUCAGCAUUUUAGGUGCCUGGAUACCUGGUUGUAAAGAAUCUUUCCCUGAUCAAAACAUUACUGGCUCCAGCACAAACAGAACCUGUGGACUCCUGUCUCUGCAGAUAUUGGGGCCCGUGAUUAUUCUCAUUGGAUUGGGUUUUUUUGUGAUGGGACAUUUUAAGAAAAAGCGUCAUCGUCUAAAUCAUGAGGAUCCGGUCAAUGAUGAGGAGCAGCCCCAGGCACCACGAGAUGGCCAAUUUCACGUUACUGUUGGUGAUACUGUUAUAAUAUUCCCAUCACCGCCACCUCCUUAUUUUGAGGAUCCUUUAUCACAAGUAGCUGGUUCAGUUGGGCCAACCAGGGAUGGUAAUCCACCCUCCUACAACAGUAUUUUUAACAUGAGGGGGCAAAAUGAUGGAAGCAAUAUUGCAGACCAAGAAUGUACAGUAUACACCAUUCCAUUGCCAAGUUACUCCAAUGAAUGUUAUUCCAAUGUGUAUUUUGCAUCAGACCCUCCACCAAAAUAUGAAGAAAAAGAAUCUGCUUUACCUGAACCCUCUACGUCAUCACCCAAUACUCCAAGAGACUCAGCAGAAUCUCCAUCCAAUCCUGUAUCCGAAAACAACUAGGAUGAAAUGGAAAAUGUUUGACGAGAAAAAUAACUAUUAUGUAAAAAAAAAACAACUGACAUCCUGGCAGAUGUCACAUCCACUUCAGUGGGGAACUGCCUUGGGGGAUGUAGUCAGACAAACUUUACAUAAAGCCAAAUGCUCCUAUUGAUCUAUGAAACCUUUUCACACCUCAUGACUACCGGCGCAUUACAGCUCCAUGCAAAUUGUACAGACAGCGAUCUAUGGGUGUGACAGAUAAAGAUUGGACCUUGUUCCAUUGUAUGCUAUACUACAGAGCAAUUAUUAUUUUCACUUAAAUAAUUGCUUCUAAAGGAAAAUAAGUCCAUUAUAUGGCACCAUGUUACAGCACAUGGAGUGCAUACAAGCUCAAUGGGAACUCUAUAUGUCACCAUGAAGCCCAAGUUCACAUGCCCUUUCCCAGGCAAACUUAGGACUACUUAAGGAAAAGUGACUACAUUGUAUUAAAGGGGUAUUCCCCUUUAUACAUCUUGUCCCCUAUCCAAAGGAUAGGGGAUAAGAUGUGUGAUCGGAGGGGUCCCACUGCUGGGGAGCUGCUGUGCAGCCCCCUACAUUCUGUGCUGGGCACGGUGUCCUAGACGGGGAUGUGAUGUCAAGGCCACGCCCCCUAGUUACACCACGCCCCCUCCCAUAGACAUGAAUGGAGGGGCGUGGCAUGACGUCACUGGGGCCGUGGCAGGGGGCUGCACCGAGAUCGGGGAUAAGAUGUAUAAAGCUGGAUAUUUGGAUAGGGGAUAAGAUGUAUAAAGCCAGAAUACUCCAUUAGACCUAGAGCCUGAAGGGGCAAUAUUCAUUAAAAGGUUUGUCUGGGAAGCAGAAAAGGUGUCUUCUCUUCUGCUUCCCGACGCCUUAUUUCACUCAGACAAGAGGGGGCGUGUGUAAGUGGCCAUAAUAAGUGAUGUUGCGAUGAGAUCGUCCAGCCAUUAGACCGCGAAUGGCUGUGGUUUUACUUGUACAUGUUGAUAGCAACUGGCACCCACCUCCCCUCUUGUCAUGCAGAGGGCAGAAGUGAGGGAGAACAGACUUUUUCUGUCCCCUGACAAACCCUUUAUAUAUGUCUGUACUGUUUGUCCCUACUCAGUUUUUUCUUGACACUACUUUUUAUAGGCAAACUUGGCUGUCUUCUUCUGAAAACAAUACCACACCUGCCCACAGGUUAUGUGGGUGUUACUGCAUCUCAGGCCAGCUUGACCCAUUGACAGAUGCGGUGCUGUUUCUGGAACAAUGUAGCCAUGUUUUUCUAAUCCUGGGCAAAGACCAUUAGUUUUAUCCACAUUGUCUUGUGUGUUCUUUUAUGUCCAGUAUCUGGACAACGUUCUUAUGGCAGAAAGUAAAUUUAUUAAAAGCUUAGAGUUAAAGGGGUACUCCGGUGGAAUACUUUUUUAUUUUUUUUAUUUUUUUCCUUUACCCUUCCAGUACUUAUUAGCAGCUAUAUGCUACAGAGUAAAUUCUUUACUUUUUGAAUUUCUUUUUUGUCUUGUCCACAGUGUGCUCUCUACUGACACCUGAUGCCUGUAUCAGAAACUGUCCAGAGCAGGAGAAAAUCCCCAUAGCAAAUAUAUGCUCCUCU